ACCCUCACACACAGAGUAAGAGACUGUUUCUACUGGGACCUGCUCUGAAGAGGAUCUAGUUUCCUCUAGUGUGGCCCCUGCAUUAGGACACAGCUUCAUUGAAGUUGGUGACUAAUCUCUCAGAAUCACUCAAAGAGCUCAGACCUCCACCAAGAACCAACACGCUCCUUAUGAAACCACUUUGAAAUCCACUAGAGACUCAUUUGGAUUUGGAUCUGCACCAAAUUCCACACACUGGUAAACAUCAGUCCUGUGAAAGAGGACCCCCCCCCCCCCCCCCCCCGAUCUGGUUCACAGACCACAACCUUCCACCAAGUUUACUGGUAAUCUGUUGUUUUUUAUAAUCCCACUAACGAACCAACCAACACACAAACAUACUGGGUGAACACAAAACCUCCUUGACAGAAGUGAUGACAACCUGUGACUGUGACAUGUGAGUUAUCAGGACAUGUCUUCACAGGGAGAGGAAGAGGAGUCAUGUUUCUGAGGAGGAGCAGUCGUCCUGCUGUGCUUCGUGUCAGGACGUCCUGAAGGAUCCAGUCUCCACCAGCUGUGGACACUGGUUCUGCAGACAGUGCAUCACCUCAUACUGGGACAAGUCUGGUUCUUCAGGAGACUCCUCCUGUCCCCAGUGUGGACAAAGAUCCAGAACAGGAGCUGGAGGUCAGACAGCCGGUCAGAGCAGCACUGUACAUGUGUCUGCUGAUGUCUUCACUUCUGACAACAGCACAUGUGGUUUUAUUUUGUUCCUUCAUACAGCAUCAACAUUUAACAUCGUUAGAAAAGCACAAAGUUAAAAAGCUUUUAUUUUCUGUAGUUUUUCUGGAUCUGAUGAAAACAAUCAGCAGAUUCUCAGAUUCUCUGUCUCUCACAUUGUUUCUUGUCUUUCAGCAGAUCGUGGUCUGCAGGAGGUUUCAGAUGAACAUAAGCUCAGUGUGAGGAGGAGAUGUGAACAUGUGACUGAAGGAAGUGAUGAAACAGGAAGUAGAACCCUCCUCAACAGGAUCUACACUGAGCUCUACAUCACAGAGGGACAGAGUGAAGAGGUUAAUACUCAACAUGAGGUGAGGCAGCUUGAGACGGCUUCCAAGAUGAAGAUCCUCCAGGACACUCCCAUCAAGGUCCACGACAUCUUUAAAGCCUCCACUGACCAGCAGAGCAGCAUCAGAGUCGUCCUGACCAACGGAGUCGCUGGCGUUGGAAAAACCUUCUCGGUGCAGAAGUUCACUCUGGACUGGGCAGAGGGUUUAGAGAACCAGGAUGUGGGUCUGCUGGCUGUGCUUUCGUUCAGGGAGCUGAACCUGGUGAAGGACCAGCAGCACAGUCUUCUCACGCUGCUCCAUGUUUUCCAUCCAGCGUUACAGAAGCUCACUGCAGAGACGCUCGCUGUCUGUAAACCUUUGUUCAUCUUUGACGGCCUGGAUGAAAGCAGACCUUCUCUGGACUUCAACCACAGGGAGCUUGUGUCUGAGGUCACACAGAGGUCAUCAGUCAACGUGCUGCUGACAAACCUCAUCCGGGGGAAUCUGCUUCCCUCGGCUCUCGUCUGGAUAACCUCCAGACCUGCGGCGGCCAAUCAGAUCCCUCCUGCAUGUGUUGACAGAGUCACAGAAGUACGAGGCUUCACUGAGGCCCAGAAGGAGGAGUACUUCAGGAGGAGAUUCAGUGAUGAAGAGCUGUGCAGCAGAAUCAUCUCACACAUCAAGACGUCCAGGAGCCUCCACAUCAUGUGUCAAAUCCCAGUGUUCUGCUGGAUCAGUGCUACAGUUCUGGAGCACAUGUUGACCACAGACCAGAGAGGAGAGCUGCCCAAGACCCUGACUGACCUGUACUCACACUUCCUGCUGGUUCAGACAAAGAGGAAGAACAACAAGUACGGUGAGGGACAUGAGACGACUCCACAGCAGCUGACGGAGGCUGACAGGGACGUUCUCCUGAAGCUGGGGAGGCUGGCACUUAAACAUCUGGAGGAAGGAAACAUCAUGUUCUACCAAGAAGACCUGGAGCAGUGUGGUCUUAAUGUCACAGAGGCCUCGGUGUACUCAGGAGUUUGUACUGAGAUCUUCAGAAGAGAGUGUGAGAUCUUCCAGAAAUCAGUCUACUGCUUUGUUCAUCUGAGCGUUCAGGAGUUUCUGGCUGCAGUCUACAUGUUCCACUGUUACACCACGAGGAACACAGAAGAACUCAACAACUUCUUGGGAACAGAUGAGGACACAGACAGUACCUUCUACCUGGAUGACCUCCUGAAGAGAACCAUGUAUAAAUCCCUCAGCAGUACAAAUGGUCAUCUGGACCUGUUUGUUCGCUUCCUUCACGGCCUCAGUCUGGAGUCCAACCAGAGAGUCUUAGGAGGCCUGCUGGGUCGGACAGAGAACAAUCCAAAGAUCAUCCAGAGAGUCUCAGGAUGGCUGCUGGGUCGGACAGGGAACAAUCCAGAGAUCAUCCAGAGAGUCAUCUACAACCUGAAGAAGAUGAAGAGUGAUGACAUUUCUCCUGACAGAAGCAUCAACAUCUUCCACUGUCUGACUGAGAUGAACGACCACUCAGUUCAUCAGCAGAUGAAACAGUUCCUGACGUCAGAGAACAGAUCAGAGGAGAAACUCUCUGAGAUCCACUGCUCAGCUCUGGCCUACAUGCUGCAGAUGUCAGAGGAGGUUCUGGAUGAGUUGGACCUGAACAAGUUCAACACAACAUACCAGGGUCGACUGAGACUGAUCCCAGCUGUGAGGAACUGCAGGAAGGCUGAGUGAGUCCAGACAUGAUCAAUAACAUGUUCAAUCAGUGUGUGUGUGUGUGUGUCAGUGUGUGUGUGUGUGUGUGUGUGUGUGUGUCUAUGUGUGAGAGUGAGUGUGUGUGUGUGUGUGUGUGUGUGUGUGUGUGUGUGUGUUUGUGUGUGUGUGUGUCUAUGUGUGAGAGUGAGUGUGUGUGUGUGGUUGUGUGUGUGUGUGUGUGUCUAUUUGUGUGUGUGUGUGUGUGUGUGUCUAUGUGUGAGAGUGAGUGUGUGUGUAUGUUUGUGUGUGUGUUUGUGUUUGAGUGUGUCAGUGUGUGUGGGGGUUUGUGUGUGUGAGUGUAUGUGUCAGUGUGUGUGUGUGUGUGUCUGUGUUUGUGUCUGUGUGUCUGUGUUUGUGUGUGUGUGUGCGUGUGUGUUUGUGUGUGUGUCAGUGUGUGUGUGUUUUUUGUGUGUGUGUGUUUGUGUGUGUGUGUGAGUGUGUGUGUGAGUGUGUCAGUGUGUGUGUGUGCGUGGGUUUGUGUGUGUGAGUGUAUGUGUCAGUGUGUGUGUGUGUGUCAGUGUGAUGUCAGUUUGUGUCAGUGUGUGUGUGUCAAUGUGUGUGAGUGUGUCAGUGUGUGUGAGUGUGUGGGUGUGAGCAUGUGUUUGUGAGUGUCAGUGAGUGUCUAUGUGUGUGUGUGUGUGUGUGUGUUUGUUUGUGUGUGUGUCUAUGUGUGAGAGUGAGUGUGUGUGUGUGGUUGUGUGUGUGUGUGUGUGUCUAUUUGUGUGUGUGUGUAUGUUUGUCCAUGUGUGAGAGUGAAUGUGUGAGUGUAUGUGUCAGUGUGUGUCAGUGUGUGUGUGGGUUUGUGUGUGUGAGUGUAUGUGUCAGUGUGUGUGUGUGUCUGUGUUUGUGUCUGUGUGUGUGUGUGUGUGUGUGUGUGUGUGUGUGUCUGUGUGUGUGUGUGUCUGUGUGUGUGUGCGUGUGUGUUUGUGUGUGUGUCAGUGUGUGUGUUUUUUUGUGUGUGUGUGUUUGUGUGUGUGUGUGAGUGUGUGUGUGAGUGUGUCAGUGUGUUUGUGUGUGGGUUUGUGUGCGUGAGUGUAUGUGUCAGUGUGUGUGUGUGUGUCAGUGUGAUGUCAGUUUGUGUCAGUGUGUGUGUGUCAGUGUGUGUGAGUGUGUGGGUGUGAGCAUGUGUUUGUGAGUGUCAGUGAGUGUCAGUGUGUGUCAGUGUGUGUCAGUGUGUGUUUGUGUGUUUGUGUGUGAGUGUGUGUGUGUGUGUGAGUGUGUGUGUGUGUUUGUGUGUGUGAGUGUACAUGUGAGUGUGUGUGUGUGUCAGUGUGUGUCAGUUUGAUGUCAGUUUGUGUCAGUGUGUGUGUGUGUUUGUGUGUGUGUGUGAGUGUGUGUCAGUGUGUGUGUGUGUUUGUGUGUGUGAGUG